AUGAACUGCUUCAGCUGCGCUGCGGCUCCUGGACUCAGGUUCCUGCCCGCUCCUGACCAGGUGUCCGCUGGACGCUGCACACCUGGCUGGAGUCGCAGCAGCUGGGAAGUCGGAGCGCAGCGGGUCUGCUGGGGAGUCCAGCCAGGAUUAAAGAUCCGGUUUUACCAGCAGAUGGCGCUCUCAGCAGGAGGAAACCAGAGCGAGAAGCCAGGCGGGUCCAGGUCUCUGCAGCCUCAGGAGCUCGGACCCCGCUCCAUGUCCUCCGGCUGUCCGCGCCGGCGCGCCGCGGCCGCUGGAGCUCCGCUGCUGGGGAAACUUCCAGGUAAAGUGCGGCUCUGCGGACCGCAGCCUGUAAACCUGACCUCCGGGGAGGGGAAGAAAUCCGAGCAGCUCCGAGCAGAAAUUCAAUCCGAGGCGACAGCCACCGAGCGCGGCUCCGAGCGGCUCAUCGCCCCGCCAGCAGGAGGAGGCAGGCGGAGCUGGAAGGUGGAGGAGAGGAGAGAGAGGAAGGGGGCGUUCAUGCAGCCGCCUCCCCGCUGCACAGGUUCUGGAGUCCAGAGCAGAACCCUGGUCAAUGUGGUUCUGGACCGGAUGUGUCCGCUGCAUGAUGACGUCACUGGGCUGAAACAUUCAUCUACCUGCCUGCGUCCCGGAAACACUGGAGACCAGCGUGGCCCCCUGCAAAUAAACGGCCAUCACCAUGACAACGGCGAUGGAAAGUCGAGCAGGAUGUUGGUCAUGGCAACAGUGGCAGGCGGCCAGAGCAACAGACCGGUUCGGCCCAGGACCGGUUCGGCCCAGGACCCAACGAAACGGUUUCAUGAGAGGCAGAGAGCGACGGCCGCCGCAGAUCCGUAUGGAAACAUCCACACUCAGAGUUUGAUGUUUCCUCCACAACCAACCAGCAGCCAGAACCAGCCUGCUGCCUCUUACUGGUUCCUGACUGGUGGAAACUGGCCGACGUCUGGGAGAAAAUCAAAUGAUUUAAACUUCUGGUGCAGAAAAAGCUUCAGAAGUGAAAAGUUCAGUCUGAUGUUAAACAUGAUGCUGAACCUGCUGCUGGAGAUGGAAACCUCUUCAAACAUGUUGGAGCCUCUGCUGAACACGGACAGCAGUGGGAGGAGUCUGGAUGUGCGGCGCUGGCGAGAGGAGUCGGGGGUCCUGCUGGGGAGGAUCUGGUUCCUAUGGCAACUAAUGAGCCACUCUGGGAGCGGGGUCAUGCAUGUAGCACAUGAGGUCAGAGAGCCGCAGCUGAGCAGGAGGAUGAGGAGGGUGAGACGAUGAAGAAACCAGAAACUGAAAAAAGACGAGGAAGAGGAGUCAGAAGUCUGAGCCGCUCCAGAGAGACGGUGAUGAGUGAGGCGUCUGUCCGGACACGUCCGCCCGCCCAAAGCAAUUCCAGAGGCGACGAAAAGGCUGAGAGGUGGAAACAGAGGCGUGUUGGAGGAGCCUCCGCCCAGCUGCCUCCUCCUUACACCACCAGCACCACCAGCACCUCCAGCAGCAGGAGACCCAGUUACUAACUGGGACAUUUUAUAGGCCAGGCGGAAAAAACUCAGGACUAAAACAGGUAACAGAGAAAUCCUGCAGACUGCAAACAGUAAAAACAAUAAAAACAAUAAAGACAAUGAAAACAAUGGAAACAAUGAAGACCUCAUCAUCGUCAUUAUCAUCAUCAUCAUCAUCAUCAUCACGGUUCAUCAUCAUCAUCA